AUGCAGCCGCGGUAUUUCGGAUUUUUAAAUGACAGUCGCUGGCGGCUGUUACUGAAGGGCGCAGAGCCUACGGGUACCGCCAUCGUACGCUUCGCGUCCGAAGUUGAGGCCGUUAGAGCACUCAAGGAUUUCCGAGACGUCUAUCUACGCAAGAGGAAAAUCGAGGCGACUCUUGACUUUACGGACUUUUCGCAGCGCAUACAACGUGUCCACAAGCCCAUUGCCGUUGAUCGUUAUCGUUUGCCUUUGCGUUUCUUUUGA